AUGGUUCCAGCCGAUGCCUUUCACGAGGCUAAUAUCCUCGACCUUGCUGUGAGAGCUAUCCAGCCCGCAGGUGACAGACAGCCGAGUCUCAACACACCAUAUGAGGCUGUGGCUCUGAUCGGCCAUGCAUGCAUGGUGGCACUUGAUUUCAGACUGGUUGGACUCGGCGAAGAGCACAACUUAGAAUCAUCUACAAUUACACCUUCCCUCCCCACAGAAUGGAACGCUAACGAUACAUUUGCCUUUCGGUACACACAUGCGCAGUCUUCGACAGAGUAUCUACUCAAAGUGAGUCGGCUGGGAAAUAACGCAGUGAUCUUUGCACUGGCCUUGGGAGAUGACCGGACCAGCUCGUUUGACAUCCCCGUCAAAAAUUACGUCUCCGCCUCUGCAUUCCCACUAUCUUCCUCGGACAAUAUCCCUGCGUCUCUGCGAGAGGCUUUCAUCUCGCCACCUGGUCUCAGGCGACUUGGUCAAGUCAACGUCAUCCAGAAACUCGCGCCCGGUUUGUACAAAGAGGGGUAUGAAGAUACAACGCAGCCGCCCAGAGCAAGGCCACAAGAAGGACAGCCGGAUAUUCGCCAAGAUGGCACACUCCCCGAGCCUGCUCGUCCACGUCCGUUUGAUGAUCCCCUAGCGGCAGCUCCCCAACGCUCCAACCCACCAGACUUUGCCCCGCCCGGGUUCGAAGAUGAGCAUCAGAUGAACCGGCCCCCGCAACGAUAUCCAGGAGGACUUGGAGGAAGAAGUCCGUACAACAUUGGAGAACGAGAUCUUUACCCAGCAGGACUUGGUCCCAAUGAUCCUUUGCGCGGAUCUAUGGGCCCUGGCUUUGGUCCAAGUGGCGGGGGUAUGCAUCCUACCUUUGAUGACCCUCUCUUCGGCGGACAAGGAGGAUCAGGUAAUGGUGGAUAUGACCCCCGUGUACCACCAGGUGCCAGAUAUGAUCCCGUAGGACCUGGUGAGCCACCUGCUGGUCGUAAUCGAGGGCCGUUCGGUAAUAAUGGACAAGGUGGGGGUGGGUUUGGUGGGUUUGGUGGUGGAUUUGGCGGGGGUAUUAUCUAA